ACUUGGACAGAGGGGUGGCGUGGACGGGUACUUGGACAGAGGGGUGGCGGUGGACGUGGUAUGCUUGGACAGAGGGGUGGCGGUGGACGUGGUAUGCUUGGACAGAGGGGUGGCGGUGGACGCGGUACACUUGGACAGAGGGGUGGCGGUGGACGCGGUAUACUUGGACAGAGGGUGGCGGGGGACGCGGUAUACUUGGACAGAGGGGUGGCUGUGGACGGGCUAUACUUGGACAGAGGGGUGGCUGUGGACGGGGUAUACUUGGACAGAGGGGUGGCGGGGGACGCGGUAUACUUGGACAGAGGGGUGGCUGUGGACGGGCUAUACUUGGACAGAGGGGUGGCUGUGGACGGGGUAUACUCGGACAGAGGGGUGGCGGUGGACGCGGUACACUUGGACAGAGGGGUGGCGGUGGACGCGGUAUGCUUGGACAGAGGGUGGCGGUGGACGCGGUAUGCUUGGACAGAGGGGUGGCGGUGGACGUGGUAUACUUGGACAGAGGGGGGUGGCGGUGGACGUGGUAUACUUGGACAGAGGGGU